AUGGCGGCCCCCAACCGCUCCUUUGCGGCGCGUAUCGCCUCGUUAACUUCAAACUCGUCCCGCAUGGAGUCUUGGGACGACGGCGACUUUGACGACCGCUCCGACGGCCUAUUGUUCAAGAACUCGACCGUCCAUUCGCUUUCAUCACGCAUGAGCGUGCGCUCCGAAUCCGAAUCCCAAGAUGACUGGCAAUUCCUUAUCACACCAGACGACCGGGCCACCAACACAUCGGCCAUCACCACUGCUGCGAAGCAAGCUGGCAUUCCCAUUCCGACGAGCGUGCCUCCGUCGGCACUGCUGGGCGGUUCCAUCAAGCGUUUGGGCAAGAAGCGGUCGUCCAAGAAGAUGGCCGUUGAUGAUGACUGGGGCAAUGACCUCGAGCUACCUGCCAACGCGAGCGAAGGUCUAAAGCUCAAGCCACCCGUGCCACGUAGUGAUGCCGACGACCAGGACGACGACUUUGACUGGGGCGAGGGUUCACUGGGCAUUCGCUUUGCAGGCACGCGACAAGCAACCCGCGGUGCACGCAGCUCUUCCAUCGGUGCCAUGAGCCCCAGCCUCGGUAGCUGCAUGACUAUGGAGAGUGAGGAGGACGACCUUGGUGGCCUCGUGCUGCCGACCGAGCCCAUGGACUUUAGCGCACGCUUAGAGAGGCUCAAGAAAGCCGAACCACAACAAGCACUUGCACCUCAGCCUGCACCUCAGCCUGCACCAGCACCCACCACAGAGCCCUCACUCCUUCCUCCUGCCCAGAUCCGCGAACAGCCAACCUCAGCGCCACCCCCUACCUCUUUCCCCCUUGGAGACCCACCCACGUCACCACGACUACCGAGGUCGCCCAAGUCACCCACAUCACCAUUAUCUCCAAGGUCUUCUGGAUCUCCACGGUCGCCAAAGUCGCCCCCAUCUGCCCGACGACUCUUCUCGCCAACUCAUAGCCCCAAGGCUGUAUCACCAAAGUCAAAGCCUGCGGACGAGGAGGACGACUUUGAAAAUGGAAUCGAGCUGGGACGAGGCGGGAUCCUCGACAGCCACAAGCUGACCCUCAACAAGCACAUCAUCCUGAAGAAGCCUGCAACAAAGGGCACUGCGCCGCACGCCGCUCGUCCGGCCACCACCAUCACGUUUACCGAUAGGCCAACCACGUCGCGGAUACCCCGGCCACUACCCUCCAUCGCCAGCCGGACAAGACUCACGCCUGUGUAUGAAAGCGGUGCACCGUCCAACAAUCCUACCAGGACAAUGCCUACUACCACCAGUGCACAGCUUCUUCGCGCAAAACGGUCCGCCCCUCUCCUUCGCAACAGUGCUGUGAGCCAGCAGCCGCGCAUGCCAUUCCUUCCCGCCGGUGCCAACGCUUCUCAAUCCCACCAUGUCAUGGCCAAGAGCUCCUCUCAAGUCCAUCUCCGUCGUGAUUCUGACCCCCGCCGACCGCACUCACCGUCAAUGCGCUCUUACUCUCGCUCGUCUGCCCAUCAAAACGAGAAUGCAGCCCGUCCAGGGGUGAGACGUGAACUGGCCCCUUCCGCUCUUGCACGUCACCCGCCCCCGAAGAAGCUAACGCAGCCCCAGCGCAAGCGGAACUUCGGUGAUGGCCACGAACUUGAUUUGUUUGAUGAUUUACCUACUUCUGCAACCAAGGAGAAGCAGUUCGAAAAGGCCCCACGAAAUGUGGCCAGCAACAAGACCUUGCGACAGCAGUCGAGCAACUCGCGGAUGGCAAUGGCCGAUAGGAUGGCGACGCCGAUGCCCCAGACACCGCGCAGUCCACCUAAGAUGGAUCACACCCCUCGCUUUGCUCGAGACACCGCGGCAAGUAGGAAUGCACGUGAGCAGCGCUUGGCAGGUACGCGGUCGCGAGGCGAAGGCACCAUUACACAAAGACCUAUCAGCUGGGCUGCCCAGGUUGCUGCUCGUAGUCCCCAUACUAGCCCAACCUCUCAACGCAAGAAGGGCACAGGGCAAAAGCCGCACUUGAUUCGGCAGAUGACCCAGCCCUACACACACAGUACAGCUCUCCACCACCACUUCCCUGCCCCCACUGACCAUUAUGUAGAUGAGAAAGGGAUGAUUUACAACCCAAAUCUUCAGCGUUGGGAAGGGAAUGAAGAAGCGCUUGUUUCCUUCUCACACCCUAAUACCUCUACUACUACACUCGCUUUGACCACAGCAAGCACGCCGACCUUUGCACCGCCGGGAAACCAGAUGAGCCGCGGCCAUGAUCGUUCGCAGUCAAUCUCGCACGUAGCACUCUCGUCGAUCCACGCCAACAAUGCACACAGGAGCUUCUCGGCGCGUGCAGCAAAAUUGGCCCAGCCCCCAGCACCACAACCAGCGCCAUCCCCACCCCGGCCGGCGCUUAUUUCUCAGAUUUCUGUCCCCCGAAAUGUAAAAUACGAAGGCCGCAUGGUUUUCGACCCCGUGAAGAUGACGUGGCUCAAGGCUCCACGAAUAAACAACGAUAUGGGACCACCCUCCGAAGUAGAUGAAGACGAAGACCCGUUUGCUGGCCUUGACGACCUGAAAGACAACGAGAGCGUUGUUGGCGGCAAUGGCAUGAGCGGAACUGGUACGCCCAACCCCGAGGAUCCGACAUUUGUUGGUGAAGAGUUCGAUGUUGGGCCGGGCUUCAUUCGCCGACAACGCGACGAAGAAGCCAUUUGGCGACGACGAGUCGAAGGCUGGGUUGGCGGCCUUCGCGACAGUGGUGAACACCGCGGCGGCUGGAGGUGGGCGAUACGCGACCUCGCUGCCAGUGCGUCUGCUGGUGGAUUUGCUUUUUGA